AAUUAUAUUUAAGUGGCAUUUGAAUUCUCGUUUGUUGGUUCGUUUCCGAUAGACUUCAGAUAGACUUUUCUAGUGCAUUAUUUUUUGCUAGAUUUGUUAAAAUGCGUGGGAAUAUGUGGACUCGUGAUAAUAUAAAACAGUUAAUUAAAUAUUGGAAAAAAAAUUCUGUUUUGUAUGACUGCAGUCACAAAUUAUAUUUUAACCGUAAAGAGCGCAGCCGAAUUUUUGAAAAAAUUUUGGCGAAUCUAAAGAAAGAUAUGCCAUCCUUGACUAUAAAUGAUAUAAGAAAAAAAAUGCGUUAUUUACGAAAACAAUAUUUAAUUCGAUAUUACAAAAUAAAAAGAUCUAUUAGAACUUCAGGAAAGUUAUGUGAACCAACUUUAUGGUUUUUUUGGGAUCUUUCCUUUUUGGAACAACAUCUUCAAAUUGAAACCGCAGCUAUUAAAGAUAAUUUAGUAGAUAAAAGUGCAAAGGUUUCAUCAGAAGAAGUCAUUUCAAACGAUAAAAAAAAGUUACUAGAUUGGACACGUGAAAAUGUAUUAAAACUAAUUACAUUAUGGGAAAUGAAUCCCGCUCUGUACGAUAGCAAUCACAAGUACUAUAAUAAUGUUGCGAAAUGUGGAGAAAUAAUGCAACAAAUUACUGAAGAAUUACAAUAUUUUAUGCCUAUUAUAACUGAAAAAGAAGUUACAAGAAAAAUAUCAAUUUUGAAAUCAAAAUUUAUAAGACAAUAUAGCUUAGUUGAGAAGUACAAGGAUAUGUCCGAUACGGUAUAUAAGCCAAAGCUAUUUUAUUAUGACAAGCUUUUGUUUUUGGAAAAACAUCUUGAAGUGGAGCAACCUACUCCUAAUAAUAAUGAAGUAACUGAAUUUGUUGAUGUGAAUGCAAAUUUUAAAGAUAAUCAUUCAUAUUUGUUACCAACUUUUGGUAGAAAACAGGAUCAAACUGAUGCAACUGAUAAUUUACCAACACAAGUUAGAAAUUUGAAAAAAAAUGUGACCUUAAAGAGUCAUAACCGACUUAACUGGGUAGGAGGAGAAGUCUCGUAUUAUAUGAAAAAAAUCAAGAACACCACCAUUUGCGAAGAGGCAUCUACUCAAAUAAUGUUAAUUCUAAAAAACUCUUUAAUACAAGAUAAUAAAUUAAAAAAUGAAAAAUCAGCAACUAAGGAUUCAAAAGUUGAUGAUUUAGAGGACGAUUACAUUGAUAUGUUUAUUUAAACCAAAGGAAAGAAAAAUGAUUUAAUUUUUAUU